UUGACUAGAUUCCAUGUCUGUACUGUUGGAACUAUGUUUAGAGGUUUUGAAUAGUGUCUCUGUCUUCGCACGCACGACGUAACCUCCCUGCCAUGUGUUUAGACGUUCUUAGCGUUGGUCGGCGGUUCGAGAAACCCACUCGCUUCAUGUGAUAUCGUUGAUAAACUGGCCAUAAAUACUAGCGAACUUUUAUUAUUCUAUGAACCGCAGUUGACCUUCAAUGACCUGGCCGUGGAAAAAAUUUAAGGGAACGACUGUUCCGCAAAAAAGGACACAUCGCCAACCAGACAUUGCCCUUCUCACCAGAACCAGCUGGACAGAUGCAAGAACAGCACUCUCUCAGAUCAAUAAGGGUAAAGCAUCGGGAAAUAAGACAGCUCUGUGGCUGCGAACUAAGCUGCAAGUACACUUGUUCCAGCUGGGGUGUUUUAUACAGAAAAAUGCUGGGAAAGUGUUAUUUGUGGGACUACUUGUGUUUUCUUCAUUCUGUGUGGGACUCAAGUCAGCAAGUAUGCAAACAGAUGUUGAAAAAUUAUGGGUGGAAGAGGGAGGCCGCCUGGAGAAGGAGUUGAGGUACAUAAGAAACACACUUGGAGACGGUUCUGGAAGCACCCAUCAGCUACUCAUUCAGACUCCCAAGGAGCAAGGAGCUAACGUGCUUCACCCAGAAGCUCUUAUGUUACACUUGCAUGUAGUGCGUGCAGCAACUCAGGUCACGGUCGAGAUGUUUGACGUAUCGUGGAGAUUAAAAGAUAUUUGUUAUUCACCCAGUAUUCCUAAGUUUGAUGCACAUUAUGUUGAACAAAUUUUAGAAAAUUUAUUUCCAUGUGCCAUUAUCACGCCUCUAGAUUGUUUCUGGGAAGGCGCUAAGCUUGUUGGGCCUGAAAUCCCCGUUGUUAUACCGGGAUUAGGCUUAAGUGUACAGUGGACCAAUUUAAAUCCCCGUCAUUUAGUAGAAACAAUGAAAAAUUUCCGAAAUUAUGUAAAUUCAUUUCCUUUUGCAUAUAUUGAAGACUUCAUGAAAAGGGCAGGGAUCACAUCCGGGUAUCAAGAGAAACCGUGUCUAGACCCGACAGAUGAGUUUUGUCCUGAAUCCGCUCCAAAUAAGCGCUCACAACAGGCUCCAGAUAUCGGCACAGAACUAACUGGCGGAUGUUACGGGUUUGCAACAAAGUAUAUGCACUGGCCAGAGGAUCUUCUUGUCGGCGGAGUCUUGAAAAACAAAAGUGGUUAUAUAGUAAAAGCGGAAGCUUUGCAGUCAGUAGUACAGCUAAUGGGAGAGAAGGAAAUGUACGAAUUCUGGAAAGGACAUUACAAAGUUCACAACCUUGGAUGGGAUGAAGGAAAGGCCAAACUGAUAUUAGAAACUUGGCAGAGAAAAUUUACAGAGGAGGUGCUAAUGCUCACGAAGACGACCAACCAGAGCAAACAUUACAACAUGAAUGCAUUUUCUACAACGUCUUUGGCUGAUAUUCUUAAAAAUUUCUCAGAAAUGAGUGUCACCCGCGUGGCUUUGGGAUACAUCCUAAUGUUGGUUUACGCCUGUGCGUCGUUAUUGAGGUGGACGGACGCUGUCAAUUCUCAGAGUGGAAUUGGACUUGCUGGAGUUCUGUUGGUGGCGUUAUCCGUCGCAGCGGGACUUGGACUCUGUGCAAUUCUAGGCAUUGUGUUCAAUGCUUCCACUACCCAGAUUGUACCCUUCUUAGCCUUGGGCCUUGGAGUAGAUGGCAUAUUUUUAUUGGCUCACACUUAUGCAGAGAAUUGUCAUUCUGAUAUACCUUUUGAGGACCAGACAGGAGAGUGCUUAAAGAGAAGCGGCGUCAGUGUGCUUAUCACUUCCUUCAGCAACAUGUGUGCCUUCUUUGCUGCUGCCAUCAUCCCAAUUCCAGCCUUACGGGCCUUUGUUCUUCAAGCAGCAAUCUUAGUCAUCUUUAAUCUGGCCGCCAUGUUGUUGGUCUUCCCGGCAAUCGUCAGUUUAGAUCUCCGGCGACAAAAAGCAAAAAAAAUAGAUGUUUUCUGCUGUUUCAGUGGGGGUACCCAAGUGUCGCCGAUUUGCAGCAUGGAAGAAGGUAGGAGUAAACUACAGAACAGCACGAGAUUAGGAUCUACGUCAUCAUUAUGUAACCUUGUCUCGUCCAAAGAAAUUCCUAAACGGCAGGCCGUCACUCGAGCACUUCCUCCUGAUCGUAAUCACGUGGUUACAGUGCUAGCGCCCCCUCCUGGAACUGAAAAAACUCAGUGUUGGACAGAAAACAACAAUAACACAGACUGUUCAACAGAAAACCUGUCAACCAUCAACUCUACGUCAACAAAAGAGCUGAUCCAAGAUAAGCAGAAGAGUUGGAGGCAGAAGUGUUUGGAGACUUGCGUUAACACACAACAGCUGUGUUUCGGGUGGUCACUGACGAGGAUUGCUACGCACCAUUAUGCUCCAUUUCUUCAAAAAACAUCUGUGAAGGUUCUAACUGUUAUUCUGUUCCUCGUGGCCACUAUUACUAGUAUAUGGGGAUUAUUUCGUGUUCAAGAUGGACUAGAUCUCACAGACAUUGUGCCACGAAACACCAAUGAACAUGACUUUCUCCACUUUCAAAGCAAGUACUUCGGUUUUUUUAACAUGUUUACUGUAACUAAGGGAAAUUUUGAGUACCCUACAAAUCAAAAACUGCUCUACGAGUACCAUGAGGCCUUCACAAGAGUAGACAAGAUAAUUAAGAACGAUGACGGCGGCCUUCCGGACUUCUGGUUGUCACUUUUCAGAGACUGGCUAUUAAGUUUGCAGAAAGCGUUCGACAAGGACUGGAAUGACGGCUGUAUUACCCAAGAACGGUGGUUCGCUAACGCUACUGAUGAAGGCAUUCUAGCUUAUAAAUUGUUGGUACAAACGGGAAGAGUGGAUAACCCUGUGGACAAAUCUCUGGUUACAACAUCGCGACUUGUGGACAAGGAGGGUAUCAUCAAUUCUAAAGCUUUCUACAACCACUUGUCAGCAUGGGUAUCUAACGAUGCCCUCGCUUAUUCCGCUUCUCAAGCCAACCUCCAGCCUGAACCUCGCGAUUGGAGACACGAUCCUCAGGAUGUGGACCUCAAAAUCCCCAAAUCCCAACCUCUAGUUUAUGCUCAGAUGCCAUUCUACCUCAAUAACAUGGGAGACACUAACGAGAUAACGAAAACUAUUGAGGUCAUCCGGACUUUGUGCCGGAAAUAUGAAGAAAAAGGACUGCCAAACUUCCCAACAGGAAUUCCUUUCGUUUUCUGGGAACAGUACAUUGGACUGAGGUUCUACCUGUGUGUGGCCCUAAUCUGUGUUUUAACAGCAAUCUUCCUCGUCAUUUCUGUUGUCCUGGUCAAUCUCUGGGCGGCUGUCAUUAUGGUCAUCGUUCUGGCCUCCAUUGUGAUCCAUCUGUUUGGUCUGAUGGGAAUUCUAGGAAUCCGCCUAAGUGCAGUCCCGGCGGUUAUUUUGAUUGUGGCUGUCGGUAUUGGAAUGGACUUUACGGCACAUAUCACGAUGGGCUUUCUGACCAGUAUUGGGGACAGGAAUAGAAGGAUGGCUAUGACUUUAGAACACAUGUUUGCACCUGUUGUCCACGGGUCUAUGUCAACCCUCCUGGGUGUUCUGAUGUUAGCUUUCUCAGAAUUCGACUUCAUCAUCAGGUAUUUCUUCUACGUCCUAGUUGCUCUAGUAUUUAUUGGUGCAGUAAAUGGACUACUAGUCCUACCAGUGUUGCUUUCAUUGGUCGGACCUCCGGGAGAGGUAAUCCCCAAUGAUGAUCCAGAUAGGAUAGCUACUCCAUCUCCAGAGCCAUCCCCGCCAAGACAGAGGACACAGACUUCCCGCCAUUUCAGCCGCCGGGUGUAUCCCCGGGUCAACUCUGAAAUUUCACUUAGUACAAUUACGGAAGAACCUCAGUCUUACCAUUCCUCGCACGAAAUCGUUGUGCAGCCGGAGGUCGUUGUGGAAACCACAACUAUUACGAAUACGACAGCGACAUCUGGUGGAAAUAUAAGCACAACCACUACAACAAAUAAACGGGAUGCAAAUAUGGCCAGCACGAGCACAGUUUUAGAUGACAAACAGGCUAAUAGCCGUUUUGCAAGUCAUACAGCCAAUGAUUCUAGUUCUCCGAGUCCUCAGUCCAAUACAAUGCAGACGGCUGUCACGACAACUGUUACUGCCACUGCCAAAGUCAAAGUUGAAGUACACACCCCUCUCCCAGGUUCAAUAGAGAGAGAACACAGUUACAAACAUCGAAGACGUACUAGAGAAGGGAGUGCGUCGAGGCUUAGUGAUGGGGACACGGACUCCAGUAGCAAUUCAAAGUCAUAGAGUAAACAGCGGAGAAAGUACUACAACAACUGGGUAUUGCUGUGAGAACACAAGACCUUGUUAAUUUCAUGCUCUAAUGUAAUCAUAAUUUAUCGCUGAAAAAUGUAGGGUUAACUUAAAUGACUAUAAAAACCAGAAUAAAUUAGUGUACAGUGAAGUAUUCUUAUCGCUUCAAACGAAGACUGUAAAAUAAAUAUUUGAUGUGUACAGAACUGAGAACUGUCGUUAACUCGUGGACAGUUCCAUUUGUUUCGUGAGACGGGGGCAUACUGUGCAUAGACUUGCAAAAGUUUUAAACUAAAACUGUUUUUAUCUAAUAUAAUCAGUACUUCUUACCUAUCAUCUAAAAAAGAAAGAAAGAGGGAGAUAUUCACUACAGUAAAUGAGCAACAGUAGAACAAUUGGAUUUUCGUGUUACAAGUUACAAACAGCUACUAAUUUUCGAAGUAUUCUACAUCUCAUGAACUUCGUAUAGAUUCAAAGCUAGGUUGAAAUGACGAAGUAUUACACAGCGGAUGUUAUUAUGGAAACGCCAUCGUUGAAGCGUGACACACUGCUGACCAAAUAACAGUCCAGUUUUUUGGUGUGUUAUUUUUUUUACGUUGUUCAUUUGUUAAACAUGUGAUGUCUUAACCCUUUCACUGCCACAUUUAUGGAGGCAUAACUCUCCUAGUGCCAGGUGUAUUUUUGGAUACUCUAUAGAAAUAUUUAAAAAAGAACGAUACGUUUUAAUUACUUAUCUAAAACUGGUAAACUUUGAUAAAUUUCAAAGGGAAUACCAUUAAAAAUAUCCAUAGAACUGUCACGUUUAUAGAUAAACGACUCUCCCAUUGCCAGGUUUAUUUUUACAUACACAAUAAAAAUAUUAAAAAAUAAUGUAUCUGUUACUUAUCUGAAAUUGGUAAGUUACCAUUUCUUACAAAAUUCCGAACUAUAUGCUGUAGAGAGGAACAUAUCUCUGGCAGUGAAAGCGUUAAUAAGAAUAAGUUUGGACAGUUUACAGUUGUGAUUUAAACUACAAUGUAUAGCCAACACUCAGGCAUUUUUAUGUGAUUUUUGUUUUAAUGUUAGAUCGUUGAUUGUGUAUGGAGUUAACCAGUUAUUAGAGAUAUUAAUAUGUAUUAUAGUGUAAGCAGUAUAUAGUUUUCCGAGUAAAUAACAAACAGUUAAGACAUCAUGUAGUCGUGAGAUGUAUACAAAAUUUAACGAAUUAAACUUACUGUAUGUUAAGAUUUUUUGUCCUAAUAUCGAUUAGAUUUGCUCAAGUAACUUAAGGAAAGAUUUAGAUGCGUUGAGGUCUUUUUUGUUUUUCUAAUUCUUUUAAAUUGAUAUUUAUCUACUAAAGAAAGUGAUUCGUGUGAAUGGUAUCUUACUCUGUUGUUGAUGUUCUGUACAUAGUUGAAAGAAAAUGGUUAUAUUUCAGUUUCAAAAACAAAUCCACACAUUGUAGUAAGUCUAUCGGCGCUUUUAGGUUGUAUUAAAGGUUUCAAAUUAAAAUAUAUAUUAUGUGGUUUCAAACGUCUAGCACAAAGUUUUAAAUUAACUAGAGCAUAGAAAUUGUGUGAAUGAAAUAUCUGACUAUGUUAAAGAAUGAGUGGCAAAUAUUUUAUCUUAAUAGUGAAAAUGGUACCAUAAAUCACAGAGGAAGCUCAAAGAGUUUAACAAGAGCUAAUUCCAAUAAGUUUGCUCCGAGUACAAAACGAGAACAUCGAAGAGAGCAGCACCUGUUAAAGAUUGUUAACGUAACUGAUGCUGCCCGUCAGCUGGAACAAGGUGUUAUUUAUUUUGUAAAAUAGUUACUCUGUAUUCUAAGUCUUUGUUUGAAGAAAAACUGGUGUUUACUGAUCCUACUAGAUAAGCCUUUUUUAACGUUUUUCAUGUACAAUAGUUUGUAAGAAAUAUUGUAGAUACUGGUUUCUUAAGAGUCGUACAUAUCGAAUUAAAAUCUUUAUGAUCUAGUAUCUGAUUGUGAAACGUGUAUGUAUACUCUAAUAUAACCCAAAGUGGGUAUUAGUCUGAGAAUAAAUGAUGUUAUUCGGUUUA